UGCCUCUCAGUUGGGACAAUUUCGGUUGUCCAUUGUGGGAACCCUUACCUUUUUUUCACAUGGAAUGUCACCUAUGGAACCCUCUCCCCUCUGGGAGUUCCCCAGCAAGUCAUUCUCAUAAAUGGCCAAUUUCCUGGACCCAACAUCAACUCCACCACCAACAACAACAUCGUGCUCAACGUCUUCAACAACCUUGACGAGCCAUUCCUUGUGACAUGGCACGGUCUCCAGCAGAGGAAAAAUUCAUGGCAAGAUGGAACCCUUGGAACCAUGUGCCCCAUUCCCCCUGGUACGAACUACACCUACCAAUUCCAAGUGAAAGACCAGAUCGGGACCUACAUGUACUAUCCCACAACUGCCAUGCAUAAGGCAGCCGGUGCCUUCGGUGGCCUCCGAGUGAACAGUCGCCUGCUCAUUCCAGUGCCUUAUGCCGAUCCAGAGGAUGAGUACACUGUCCUCAUCGGUGAUUGGUUCACCAAAAGCCACACCCAACUAAAGAAAUUAUUGGACGGCGGUCGUUCCAUGGCCAGGCCAGACGGGGUCCUCAUCAACGGCAAAUCUUCAAAGGGAGAUGGGAAAGACGAGCCCCUCUUCGUCAUGAAGCCCGGCAAGACCUACAAGUACAGGAUCUGCAACGUGGG